UAGUUUCUCUUUUCCUUUCUUUUUAUUUAAUGUAUUAUGAUUUCUUAACACGAAAUCGUAAUUUUUAAAUCAUUGACGAAUUAGCUUAUAUUUGGAAUUUUAAAUUUUAUUUUUCACGGUUGUUGUCACAAAACAAUGUGAUUGUUUAUAAGUCCAAAAUAAGAUUUAAAUUUGAGUAUAAAGUAAAGUUGAUGAUCACUGAGGGUCUAUAGGGCUGACCAUCUGUCCCUCGUUGCCACGUCUGCAACAUCUUGGUGGUCCAUUUUGGGGCUGGUGCGCAACAGCAUCGGCACUAACGCUGGCAAUGAAGCGCUCUCAGAAAAAUGUCACGUUGGUUCGACCGAUUGAACAUACUCUUGUUGAGUAUGAUAUUAUUUAGUACAAUAAUGUGGAAUACUGUGAAAAGUUCAAAAAUAAGGUGUGAAGAAGCAAAACUAAAAUGCGCUUUCAGAACAGGCUGUGGCACUGCUCUACAACACUAUUUUACAGGAUGUGCACCCGUUCUUGAAGAUAAUAAUUGUUCCGAGAGCUGUCAACAUGCCCUUAUUGCUCUUACAAGUACCGAUGAGGGCAAAGAACUUAUGACGUGUGAAUGUGAAAAUGAAUUAUGCCUACAAUCAAAACAAAGAGUAGAAAUAUGUAGAUCAUCUGUAACAAUGGCAAUGAAUAAGACAAGAGUAUCUUGCAGAAUAGCGACUUGGAUUUGUAAUGCAGAUGCUCUUUGUCAAACUGCACUUGCAUAUUAUAAUAAAUAUUGUAAGAGUAUGUUUCAAGGACGAAAAUGUACUCGACGAUGUAGAAACUCGAUAAAUAUUUUGACAAGACAAGAAAAAGCUGCAAAAUUAAAUACAUGUCAAUGUGAUGGUUUUGAAGAAUAUGAUUGCAAAGGAAUUCAUAGAAAUAUGAAUCUUCUUUGUUUUGGAAAAAUACAUCAUGGUUAUCGUGAUAUUAAUAUUGAAAAUGAUAGAAGAAAUAAAUUUUUGACACCAAAUACAAGUCUUAGAGGAGAUGGUGUUCAAAUAUUAGUGAACAGAAAAUUAUUUUUAUUUUCCUUAAUAAUUCAUAUUCUUAAAAUAAAACAAGACUGAUUAGAAAAAAUGCAGAAAAUUUCCAAAAAGCAACAGUAUUCCAUGAAACCAAUAACCAAAGAUCUUUAUUAACUUUUUAAUUAUCAUUAUAUGAACAAUUUAAUGAUGGGAUUAAUGGAUGACUUAUUAUAAAUAAUUUAGCAGUUAAUUAAUACAUAAAAUUUACUCGUAAAUUUAUUAUUAAAUUUGUACAAAUGGA